AAAGAAAACACUGAACUGUGUGAACCCAUAAUUGAAAGAGAGCCACAAACUUAUUGUUCUUUCAAAUUAUUAGUCUGUCGGGAUUGAACAAAAUAGGCUAAAGAACCACUUGAGCCUCUCAAGUUGUUUUGUUCUUGUCCUCUUUUUCGCUCACUCGAGCCUUAAUUUCCCAGGUUGAAAGAAUCCUCUAUUUUCAAUAGUAUUGUCGGUCUCUAGAUCUCAUGUUACUGUAAAAGAGCUUGAGAGAGAGAAAAUGGCAUUAGAAACUGUUGUAUUCCAACAAGAUCCCUCUAGUACUUUAGGACUAGGUGCAACAUGGAUCCAUGGAUUUGGUCUUGAAGGAGAAAAGGCUAAUUACCAUGAAACCCUAAACACAACAAUCAGUAAUAUUGGAUCUGAUUUCCAUCCAAAUAAUAACUGGGACACCAAUAACUCUUCCUCCCAAGAGAUUAGCUGUGCCUGUAAGGGCGGGUUCUUCACCGGAGGUAAUGCUGCAGGCCGGCGAAAGAGACAGCGUCGUAUAAGCAUCAAAGAUGAAGCAGAAGUUGCACAUCAAAGGAUGACUCACAUUAAGGUUGAACGCAAUAGGAGGAAGCAAAUGAAUGACUAUCUUACUGUGAUUCGAUCCAUGAUGCCUCCCUCUUAUGUUCAAAGGCCAGAUCAAGCAUCAAUCAUAGGUGGGGCCAUUAACUUUGUGAAGGAGCUGGAGAAACUUACCCAAUCUCUUGAAGCUCAUAAGCAAGUAAAUAAAGUGCAAUCUGGUACAAACUCCAAUUGCUCUUCUCUCUUCUCGGAUUUUUUCUCCUUUUCUCAGUAUUCAACUGCCAGUUCGACGAAUAAACAAAGCAACAGCAACAACUCAUCACCAAGUACUGAUUCAAUGUUGGCUGAGAAGCAACCAAUUGCCAUUGCAGAUGUUGAAGUGACAAUGACCGAAAGGCAUGCAAACCUCAAGAUACUAUCAAGAAGACACCCAAAACAGCUCUUGAAGAUGGUGACUGGAUUGCACUCUCUUGGCCUUUAUACUCUUCACCUAAAUGUAACAACUGUUGGUCAGAUGGUGUUAUAUUCUUUUAGUGUUAAGGUUGAAGAUGAGUGUAGAUUGACUUCAGUCGAUGAAAUUGCAGCAGCUGUGCAUGAGAUUGCGGGUAGGAUCCAAGAGGAUGCUAUAUCCAAUUGCAUGCCUAGCAGUGAAUAGAGACUAAGAGUCUCUCCUUUAUCAGUAUCUUAAAUCAAUAAUGAUUUCUAUUAAUUGGUUGCCUAAACCUGAUCAAAGGGCAACUGAUCAUGUGUGAUGUUGUUGUUUUCCACCUCACCUACAGUGGCAAGUUUAGUGGAACUUAGCUUAUUGGUGGCCGUACCCUUUUGGGGGGGUUAUGUUCUCUAGGAACUUUUGUGUACUAUGAAAUGGUUUAGAUGUGGAUCGAUGCUCUUGGUUUGAUUGGAUCUU